CUUUUUCUUCCUGUGCCUUGGAGAAGACUCUUCGUACUGGUUGUGAAGUGAGCCAUCCAAACAGUCUUCGAUCAGCUGGCGGCGAUGAGCGUAACCACCGCACGAUGCAGUCGCUGUUCCCCCCCAGCGUUUUGUAAGAGCACCACCACGCCAGCAACAACUCCAAUCCGCUCACCUCCACCUCCACCUCCGCCUUCGUCUCUUGGGGCAACAUAAAUGCCAGUGAUUGCUCUUUAGUCGCCAUCGGGGAACACUUUCGAAAUGUAUCGCAAUGUGCUCUGCUUGGUGCUGGGCCUCAUCAUCGGUAUCCGGCUGACGGAUCUCUUCGAGUACUUCCAGCUGACUGAUUCCGGGUUUGGAAGCACGGCUAUCACCAAAAUCGAUGCGGAGGAGGCCACACCCCAGCUGCUGACGGAGCAAGAGCUUUCCAAUUGGCUGUACAACGAGACCCGGGUGCUCUGCAUGGUUUUGACCAUGCCCCAGAAUCACGAAUCCAAGGCCUCGAGGGUGAAACGUUCUUGGGGCAAGCGGUGCAACAAGCUAAUCUUCCUAAGCAGCCAGGCGGAUCUGGAGCUGGGCGCCAUUGAUGUGGGUGUGCCGGAAGGGAGGAGCAACCUCUACCCGAAGAUGCGAAAGGCCAUGGCGUAUGUCUACAAACACUAUGGGGAGGAUUACGACUGGUUCCUCAAGGCGGAUGAUGACACCUUUGUGAUAAUGGAGAAUCUGCGUUAUUUUUUGUAUCCCUACGAUCCGGAGGCAGCUCUUUAUUUUGGACACAAAUUCCGGACCUCCUUUCCCCAGGGAUACAUGUCCGGGGGAGCUGGCUAUGUCCUCAGCCGAGAUGCCCUACGCAGACUGAAUCUUUUUGCUCUCAACAACACCGAGUUUUGUCCUUUGAAUCAAGGAUCUGAGGACCGGCAAAUAGGUUAUUGCCUGAGGAAUGUGGGCGUGGUAGCUGGAGACUCCCGCGAUGAAGAAGGACGCGAACGUUUUAUGCCCAUGGGGCUUCGGAACCUGCUGCCCAGCUUUCCCGCCAACGGAUGGUGGCCCAAGACCACCUUCUAUGCUCCUCAAUCCGAGGAUAUUUGUUCCAAUACAGCGAUAAGCUCUCACUACGUCAAAAGUCACGAGUUUGAUAUGUUCGAGUUCCUGGUCUAUAGAUUAAAAGUUUUUGGAGUAUCUGGAUUCCAGAAAGCACUGCCAUAUAGGCUGGAUGCCAAGCAAUUAGAGAACCAGAUCAAAUACUGGUCUAAAGAAAAAACAACCAACUCCAAGAAGAUAUUUUAAGGCUUUUGUUAAACUUUAUUUUUAAAUAUUAGUUAAAUAUUAAACAAACCUAAAGGACUGAAUUAAAUAGAUUUUCUUUAUCA